ACGUUUAUUCCCCAAAAGGUGUAGUCUAAUUUAGCAAACCAAAAACACCCGCGCAAAUCGUGCUGGUCCAAAACACCGCAUAACAACUAGCUCCAGCGGUUUGAGUUCCCGGCAAGUUGGCACACUUCAUUUAGCAGAUGGUCGAUCUGGAGAUGUAAGACGCUGCCUCAACAUAAGCACAGGACCAAGGACACGAGCUGCCUUCAUCCAGGGAAACCAGAGCACAAUGGAACAUAAUCCCUCCCACUCAGCACUCUUCUAUCUUUUCCAAGAAGUUUCCAAGCUGUCGUCUCCCAUCCACAGCAGUUUCCUGGACACAAAUUCAACCUCCACAUGGCUAAAUGAGACUUCGAUGCAAGGUCCUUUCAUAGUUAAACAAGAGGAAGAGGAUGCACAUUCGUUUCAAAUCUCUAGUAGUUCCUGCCAGCACAGUUUGUCUGAUAUGUCGCCUCGUAUUCAGAUGAAAAAAGUGAUGGAGGAGAGUCACAGCAGCAAGGUCACAACUUUAGUUGAUUCGCAUCCUGAACGCAACAGCCCCUGGAAAGUACUGAGUAUGAUCAACCUGCAGUGUGAGAGGCUCCUGCAUCACAGUGAUGUAGAGGAGUCAGACCCAGUAACAUCUACCACAAAAUUAGGCCAUUCAAUAGCAUUAGCAUCGACUGCUACAGCAGAUGGAACAGAGCAGGGAGUUGGAGGUGAUUGUGUAAAUGUCAAAUGUACUUUGAGACCAUCUUCUCUUAUCUAUGAGAGACAAGAAAUCCCAGCCUGUGUUAGCCUUGUGGAAGAUGUGAGAGAAACGGCCAGUAGUUUUAAACCACAGUGCCGUGUAAAGGAUUCCAAGGUGGGCUGCUGUGUUCAGUCACAAACUGCUGAAAAAACAAAAACAAAGGAGGGCAGGUACAGUGUUAACAGCCAGUUUGAGUGGAACCAGGAGUUUAGGGAUUGUUUCUCCUCUGAACAGGAUAUUUUGAAUGUACCCUUCUCUGAAAAUGCUUUAUCACCAACUCACAUCCACAGUGCAUCCCUUAAUACCCAGCUGACUUUUAAUUCAAAUGAAGAUGCAUGUGUAGUUCUGUCAAAGCCUGCACUAACACUAGACCACAAUGCAAACGUUACUUUGGCUACAGAGCCCUCAUGUGACACCCAGCUUCCCCCUCCAUGCCCCAUCAUGCCUUCUUCACAAUCUGUAUCAUUCUUAUUUAGCACUACAGGGACACAUCACUCAACCUCAAAACGAGAUGACAAAAUCACAGCAUUGAAACCAGAAGGUACACUUGCUCCCUUAGAGGAGACAUCCCGUUCUUUUGCACAAGUUAAAUCCUCAAGCUACCAUGAUGAAACAAACCCUGCACCUUCUGCAACAUCAAAACCAGAACCCAGGCCAGUGCAAAAGGAGGAAAUUGCUCUUCCGUGUACCCACCAGAGGAGAACCAAGACUCCUAGAAAACAGCCUUGUCCCAGCCGGAGUGCUGAUAUCCAAGACCCAGACUUCCAGGGAGUGACGUUCAGGAUGGACACGGAGCUGGACGACAGCAGGGAACAGUGUCGGCUCCUCAUAACUUCAAAGUACAGCAAAGAGCUCUGCAAGAGUGUAAGAAAACCGAGGCUGAGGACACGGGCGUCCCAGAAAUUCCUUAAAGCUAGCAGCUCGGACGAGGAGAGCGACCCGAUGACUAGUGUUUCCAAGUGUAAAGUCUGUGCAUCAUGCUGCACCAGGAAGACCCCCAUGUGGAGGGAUGCAGAGGACGGGACCCCACUUUGUAAUGCUUGUGGAAUAAGGUAUAAGAAGUACAGAGUGCGCUGUGUCAACUGCUGGCAUAUCCCUAGGAAAGAGGGCAACUCCAACUCAUGCUGCCUCAAGUGUGGAAACUUCGUGAGGCUGACCUCAGCUCAGCGGAAACACACCACCUAGGGAACAUGCAUAGAGCAAAAGGUUUUUAUGUCCACAUGCGACAACGCUCUCCACACACACUUGCACACAACAGUUCUAUUACACUCUGUGCUCCCUUAGUUCUUAGUGCUCUAAAAUUCACUUCAGAUGUGGAUGCAAACAUGGAGGAGCAGAACCAGCUUUUUACAUAUUACUUGACUCAGAGUAUUUAUAUUAGUUUCACUGCUACAAUGUUGUACCUCCGGCAGUAGCUUUAAUUCCCUUGAUGCUGUAUACACCAGGAAAAAAAACAAAUGGUUAAAGAAAACCCAGAUAGGAAAAUCCUUGUAAAACACUUAUGGAUGACAAUGUCUGAAACGAUCUGUACUGUAAUCUUUGCUGCUCUGAUCCUCUUUGUGCUGCCUGCUAACCUGCACGUAGCGUGUGUGACAGAUCUUACUCAGUUGUUUUCCUCUAAAGAGGGAUACAAUAUUUUGCACACAUGAAUGGCAUACUGAAGAGCUACUAUAAGAAGUAGACAUUCAGAGAGUUUAGUCAUAAUUGUUGACAUUUUCCUCUAAAUAGCUUCAGUGUUGCUUGUGUAUAAUGGUCCGCAGUGCCAGAUGGCUGCGAUAGAAAGUUAUUUCUGUACAGGACCAAAAACGGCAACCUGAGCUCGGCGCUGUGUUCACUGUUAUUAACUGCGAAACAGUUUGCUUCUCUUGACCUUGACAGCGAGACUUUCUGCUAAGUUCAGUAGCUACACAUUUAUUUGGACAAGUUCAAUGAAGGUAUUUAUUUUGUUGUCAUUGUUUGUAACUGUGGUUGUUUUUUUGGGGGGGGGCUGUUUUCUCAUUGUUUAUUUGUGGUUGUUGGUUUAAUUGGUGCACUGAUUUUCUUUUGCAUUGCUGUUU